UGUAGGUCUAUGUUACGUGAUAUCAGUGUCACGCAUGGUGAGCUAUUUAUAUUCAUAAUCGACUUAUGUGUGCUAUAUUGGUUGCUAUAACUCUUGUUCCUACGCAAUAUUAAGGUUGAAGAAAAUAUAUGUGGAGAGGUCCUGGCCCAGUUUACAAAUUGCCGACAUUAAUUGGCUACAGGAAUCAUGAUCCAUCUCGGCACAGAAAUCCAGCGUACAGUAUGCGAGCUCGAAUUGGCAUAAAAACUUAUGAAAUAGGGCCUGGUCCUGAUUAUAAUAUUAGGAAUCUAACUAAAUCUGGAUCUGAUAGACCACCAGCAUACACAAUUACAGGCAGAAAAAUAUUAAAAUUGCAAGAUUUAAUACCAGGACCUGGAACUUACUCUCCCGAAUUAUGCCCACCGAUGAAUCACAAUCGUAGAGCACCAGCUUAUAGUAUGAAAUCACGUGGUGUAAUAAGAAUUCUAGAUGAAGGACCUGGACCAAAUUUAUAUUCUUUACCAACAUGCAUAGGACCCAAAGUGCCCGACAAGCGUGCUCAGGGUGCAUUUUCUAUUUCUCAUUAUCAUGAAAUCCGUGAGAAAUUUACGAGUCCUGGCCCGGCCGCAUAUAUCAAUAUUGAUUAUAAUAUGAUAAAACGACGAGGUCCGGCGUAUAGUUUAAAGGGGAGACACAUUUUGUCAGAAAAAUAUCGCAGCCCAGCGCCAGUUUUUUAUCCAUUGUAUGAUACACAAAAACGUUCACCUAUGUAUUCAUUUGGUAUCAAACAUAGCGAAUGCACCGGAAUACCUAUAACACAAUUAGACGAGGAUUGAUUUUAUAAUUAAAAAAU